UGAUCAUAUGUCAAUGCUUUUUCAUGGCACUUUCCUUCCCACGAAAAUCACCUGCCCUAUCUUCUGACCACUCCUAAGAUUGUGCUUUUUUCCCUUAAAGAAAAAAAAAGGGGGACAAAUUUACGAUUUCAUGUCAACAAUCGUCUCUUCGUGACGGAUAUAGUAAACCCUUUUACUCAUUCGGUAUGCAAUUCCAAUCUCCAAUCUUGGAUCCAUUAUUUACAUUCUUCAGAUCAUAGAUUCUAAUAUUCUAUGCAGAUUUGAAAGAGAGAAAAAACAACAAAGAGAGAGAGGGGGAAAGAUUUGAUCUUUGUGCAAUUGUGCUAGAUUAUAUUCUAUGUGUACAUUAGAAUCCUCAUGAAUAACAAUGCAAUCGAAGAGUUUGAGCCUAGCACCAGCUGUGGCACUCUUUCCAGGCCUGAAACCCCCUCAUAAAACCCUACUAUUCCACCAAAUCUGUGUUCUUGUUAUCACAUUCCUUGCAUAUGCUUCCUUCCAUGCCUCUAGGAAGCCUCCCAGCAUUGUCAAGAGUGUUCUUGGACCCACAAUUCCAUCCAAUUCAACUCAAGUUUCCAACUUGAGUUCCAAUGAUACAGGUUGGCCCCCUUUUAAUGGAACCGGGGGCACUCACCGGCUCGGCGAGCUUGAUCUCGCAUUCCUUAUUUCUUACUCAAUUGGAAUGUAUUUGGCAGGUCAUGUUGGAGAUAGGAUUGAUUUGAGGUUGUUCCUUGUAUUUGGGAUGAUGGGUAGUGGCCUUUUUACCUUACUUUUUGGGUUAGGGUAUUGGUUAGAUGUUCAUGUGUUGGGAUAUUUUGUUGGUGUACAGAUUGUUUGUGGAGUAUUUCAGUCAAUUGGGUGGCCUUGUGUGGUUGCAGUUGUGGGGAAUUGGCUUGGGGAAUCAAAGAGGGGCUUGAUAAUGGGGAUAUGGAAUUCGCAUACCUCGGUGGGCAAUAUCAUUGGUUCAGUUGUAGCUUCAGGAGUUUUGGAAUUUGGAUGGGGUUGGUCAUUUGUGGUGCCUGGACUUUUGAUCAUUUUGGUAGGGAUUUUGGUGUUUUUGUUUCUUGUUGUGAGCCCGGAGGACUUGGGAUUUGUGCAUCCUGGAAUGGAGAUCGAAUUGAGUGUUGAAACAGACAGUGUAGAGAAUGUGCAGAAAGUGGAAUCGGAGGAAGCAAAGCUUAUUGAGUCUGAUAACUCAAAAUCUUCAUCUGCAAUUGGGUUUUUGGAGGCAUGGAAGUUACCGGGAGUGGCUCCAUUUGCUUUCUGUCUCUUUUUCUCAAAGCUUGUGGCUUACACUUUUCUGUAUUGGUUGCCCUUCUACAUAAGGCACACAGCUGUUGCGGGUGUAACUAUAUCUCACAAAACUGCUGGGUUACUUUCAACAAUAUUUGACAUUGGAGGAGUCCUAGGCGGGAUCACUGCCGGUUUCAUUUCUGAUAUGAUUGAAGCACGUGCUAUUACUUCAAUUCUGUUCUUGUUUCUAUCAAUCCCAGCUCUUGUUUUGUAUCGUGCUUUUGGUAGCAUCUCUAUGUUGACCAACAUUGCUUUAAUGUUUCUUUCGGGGUUUUUGGUGAAUGGUCCAUACUCACUAAUCACAACUGCUGUGGCUGCUGAUCUUGGUACGCAGAGCUUGAAUGGUGGGAAUUCUAGAGCACUGGCGACUGUUACUGCAAUCAUAGAUGGUACUGGUUCUGUUGGAGCUGCUCUUGGACCACUUUUGGCAGGGUAUAUUUCAACUAGGGGGUGGAACAGUGUCUUUUUUAUGCUCAUUCUAUCUAUUUUCUUUGCUGGUUUGUUCUUGAUUCGUGUUGCAAGAACCGAGAUAAGAGAGAAACUUUCAGGAAAGUGAUUUUGAGUAUUUUAGAAACACAAAAUUGAUUAUUUAGUCUAGGCCCUUUGUUAAUGGUAUACACGUAGAAAUAGCUAUUGAUGGGGAAAUAGCUGAAAGGCUUCAAUAGUGUUUGUUUUAUGUUCUCAUUCUUUGUUGGCUGAUAGUAAAAAAAGAAAAGAAAAAUGUAUAAGAAUGUUUAUGAUGAGAUAAUUCAACGCCU